GCUCAGAGAGGAAGAGGGAGACGGAGGCAGGUGAAGGCAAACAGAAAUCAAGAGGGGAAGGGGGGAAAAAGCAAGAUGAAGGGGAGAGAAGAAAGGAGAGCUGCCUUUUGUAAAGCAAACUGAGAGAAACACAGAGACCGAAGCGGUGAGAGCUGGAGAAACCUACAAGUCUCACAGCGAAUGGAGGGAGACGGAGGAGGAGGAGUAUGAUGCUUCGGUCCUGCUCUGCCUGAACCAAAUCAGAAGUGAAAGAAGGAGCAACAGGAAGGAACAGAAGAAAUCCUUAAAAAAUAGCCGUGAGAAGCCAUAAAAAGAGAGAGAGAGAAAGAGAGAGACAGAGAGAAGGAAGAAAUUAAGAUAAUGGAGAAGAGCUCGAGCAGAGACACUGAUCGCUGGUUACUCCAGCUCACAUGAGUGUAUGGACCCGAGCCCAGCCACAGUUACUACAAGAUGCUGUCAAAAAAAGAAGUGUGAAGCGGCGGCGUGUUAGCGUGCAGGUGAUGGAUGUCUGUUUGCACAAACUGCAGCUGCUCCUUGAAACUCAGCAGAAGUAGACAAGAGCUUGUGUGUCUGUUCGAUCAGGUGUAUGUAAGAACAUAUGACAGAACAGCUGCUUAGGGUUUAAACGUGGGUCAGGAGCAGCCAGAGGAGCGAAACGAGGUGGAAAGUGGCAAAACACGCUCACAUGAGGAAGCGCAUGGACAGAGAAGAACACAGAUACUAAAGACUGUGUGCAGCUCAUGUAGUCCAGAGAUCACUCUGAGCUUCUUCAGGGUUCCUUACACUGAGAUAGCCACCUGAAGCCACUCUCUACCUCAUCUCAACACAACAAGUGGAUUUGAAGACUCAGAGUACAGGACUCUUACAGCAGUUCUGGUUCUCCUCCUGACUGUGAAGCCCACUGUGGGGGCAGUCCUGAUUUUCUGUACCCAGUGGAUGCCUCUUAGCUCCAACCAUGGGAGAAUGGACCAUCUUAGAGCGCCUCCUGGAGGCUGCCGUGCAGCAGCACUCUACUAUGAUAGGAAGGAUCUUGCUGACAGUAGUGGUCAUCUUCCGCAUCCUGAUUGUGGCCAUUGUUGGAGAGACAGUGUAUGAAGAUGAACAGACGAUGUUCAUAUGCAACACUCUGCAGCCAGGCUGCAACCAGGCCUGCUACGACAAAGCCUUUCCGAUUUCCCAUAUCCGCUACUGGGUUUUCCAGAUUAUACUGGUAUGCACGCCUAGCCUCUGCUUUAUCACCUACUCUGUCCACCAAUCAGCUAAGCAGAGAGACAGGCGCUACUCUUUUCUCUAUCCAAUAAUGGAGAAGGAUUAUGGUGGAAGGGAUGGAACGCGAAAGCUCCGCAACAUAAAUGGAAUUUUAGUUCAACAUGGUGGUGAUGGUGGAGGAGGGAAGGAAGAACCAGACUGCUUGGAAGUGAAGGAGAUCCCAAACGCCCCAAGAGGCCUCACCCAUGGAAAGAGCUCCAAAGUGCGAAGGCAAGAAGGGAUCUCACGCUUUUACAUCAUUCAGGUGGUGUUCCGCAAUGCACUUGAGAUCGGCUUUUUGGCAGGCCAGUACUUCCUUUACGGCUUCAGUGUGCCUGGGAUUUUUGAGUGCGACCGCUAUCCAUGUCUCAAAGAAGUGGAGUGUUAUGUGUCUCGGCCAACAGAAAAAACGGUUUUCCUGGUGUUCAUGUUUGCGGUGAGUGGCAUCUGUGUGGUGCUCAAUCUGGCUGAGCUCAACCACCUUGGCUGGCGUAAGAUCAAGGCAGCCAUCAGGGGCGUUCAGGCUCGCAGGAAGUCAAUCUGCGAGAUCAGGAAGAAGGACAUGGCUCAUCUGUCGCAGCCGCCCAACCUGGGACGCACUCAGUCCAGCGAAUCAGCCUAUGUUUGACUAGGAUGAUGAAGAGAGAAACUAAAGGAAGAGUGGGAUGAAUGUGAAAGAGAGAGAGUGAAUUAAUUAAGAUUUUAAUUUUGUAUCGCAUGAAGGUCAGAAAAAAACAACCUUCCUUCUGUGAUGAUGGAAAGAAAUAGAAUGUGAAAAAUCUAAAACUCAAGCCCUGCUGCUUAGAGAAUCAAGAGAGGGACGAAGAAGAUGACAAACCUUGUACCAGGACAAAAAAAGUUUUGUUCUGUGAAAAGAACAUAAUUAACAGUGAUCUCAUGGGGAGAAAUUCCUGCCAUUUUAUACUUUUUUGUCUUUUGUAACUAAUUACCUUCUCUGCCCCAUGUAAUGGGAAGAAUCUUAUCCUCACGGGGCUGGAGAGGGAAGGACUAUGUAAUAGAGCAAGAGAGAAGAGAAUGUAAGGGAAGCUGCUUUGUGUUCUCUGGGGAUAUUGGAAGAUGACUUUGGUGUUUGAUGCAAUCCAUUGGUGCUUUUCAUCUGGACUAUAUCAGCUUCAGAGAAAAAAAGGGGGGACAGGAUAGGGGAUGGGACAGGGAGGAUGAGCAGCAACAUCAUUAAAAAAGCAACGGAAAGAACUGUCAGAGCAGUGCCAGACUCGAGGAUGAAGGCAUGUUUGGGAGCCAAGGAAGAAAAAGAGGGAGACAUAUAGCUCUGGGAAAGCAUAUGAAACAAGGGGCUAAGAGAAGAGAGGAAAUGUUUUAUCUUUCCUAGCUCUCCACACCGGAGCUUUUGAGGUAAACUGAAGCUAAAGAGAGAAAGAGCUGCCUCUGAACAUUGUGUUUCACUUCUGUUGGAACAUCGACACAAGCCAAACCAAGAGAAACAGACUGAUGAUGUUAUUCUUUGUCUCUUGGCAAAAGAUGAUUUCAACACAAACACAGAGUCACUACCAUAAACACUUUUCCCCUUCCUUCUUCUCUAUCUCCCUCUCUCAGCUCCACAGUUGGCAGCUGCAUAGACGGGAGGCAGGGGGCCUCGAAUGACAGUAAUGACCCCUGCUGCUCUCCUGCAGGGUAAACUUUGGAGAGGUCUUGGUGAACAAAUGGACAGACGGCUUGUUAGCGUCAGUCUCUCCAAAAGCACAAACCAAGCUUCUCUCCUUCAAACUUAUUUGGUGUUCUUAGAGACAAAGAAGAGACAGAACGAGAGGUGCACUGGAAAAUAAGAACUUGUAUGAGAGGAAGAGCACAUCACUUUACUAUAACUUUAAACAAAUUUUAUAAAAUGCAUCACUAUGUUUUUUUUUUUUUUUUUUUGAGAAAGCGAUGGUGCCAUCCUUGAGAUAUUUAAUUAUUGUUAAACAGUAAAAUUGAAUAUAUAUGGUAAUAUUAUUUAUCCAUUUAGAAAAUAUCA